GGACAACGUAGAAAUAACGAAGAAGAUAUCGCGCAAGGGUGGAAUAUAUGUUGUGGGCGUCCCCCGAAAAAGCGGGGGCACUUGAUAGCCGCAGAAAUUGGGCUCAUCGCAAGUAAAUAUCAAUCAUCGUCGUGUGGUAAAAGGACGUCGUUCUCGAGUCGUAGUAGUGACGCGAGUUCGGUUGCGAUUGGAAUCGAGCAACUACAUCAGCAAAAUUUGCUCGAGCAGAGAUCAUUCGUCCCUGACGAGAAUAAUCAGUUCAUCGAACGGCAUCAGUCAAUUUUUGCUCGAAACCUAUUCGCAGUUACACCAGUUCAAUUAACUUCAGAAGUAACCUCGACGGCGGAAGCCGCCUCCGAGGUUCCCGGCGCAAUCAAGACGACCAUCAAUAUCGGCAUUGCGAUGAACCACGUUAACGAUCAGGAAAAUCUUAAACAGCUCAACCUGGCACCGGUUCAGGUUAAUGAAGUCGAGGAAAUGGAUACACAAGAGGGAGAAACACCAAAUGAUGGUGGAGGAGAUGGCAAUGAUACUAGUCCUAUGAAUGGAGAAUCAGAAUUAGCUUGCAUAGUUCAAGAUCAAGAAAUGGAGGAAGACGAAGCAAGAUCAGAGGCAACGUUUCGUUAUACAGUGGAAAAUCUUUCCAAAAUGAAGGAAACUCAGUUAUCUCCACCAUGUUAUGUUCGUAACUUACCAUGGAAAAUAAUGAUAAUGCCUAGGUCAAGUCAAACACAAGAUAGAGGUCCUCAAAAAUCUCUUGGUUUUUUCUUACAAUGUAAUGGAGAAAGCGAAUCAUCGUGGAGUUGUUAUGCAGUUGCAGAUCUUCGAUUACUUUCUUGUAAAGAGGGACAGGAACCAUUUAAUAGAAAAAUUCAACAUCUUUUCUAUAGUAAAGAAAAUGAUUGGGGAUUUAGUCAUUUUAUGACAUGGCAGGAUGUCCUGGACCCUGAAAAAGGUUUUAUCAAAGAUGAUUCUAUUACACUUGAGGUUCAUGUUAUGGCUGAUGCUCCACAUGGUGUCAGUUGGGAUAGUAAAAAACAUACAGGAUUUGUAGGUUUAAAAAAUCAAGGUGCUACAUGCUAUAUGAAUUCAUUGCUUCAAACUUUGUAUUUUACGAAUCAGUUACGUAAAGCAGUUUAUAAAAUGCCAACAGAAAGUGAUGAUUCUAGUAAAAGUGUUGCUUUGGCUUUACAAAGGGUAUUUCAUGAAUUACAAUUUUCUGAUAAACCAGUAGGUACAAAAAAGUUAACAAAAAGUUUUGGCUGGGAAACAUUGGAUUCGUUCAUGCAACAUGAUGUGCAAGAAUUUUUACGAGUGCUUUUAGAUAAGUUGGAAAGUAAAAUGAAAGGUACAUGUGUAGAAGGUACAGUGCCAAAAUUAUUUGAAGGAAAGAUGGUAUCAUUCAUCAAAUGUAAAAAUAUUGAUUACAAAUCAACUAGAGUUGAAACUUUCUAUGAUAUACAGUUAAAUAUAAAAGGAAAGAAAAAUAUUUAUGAGUCGUUUAAUGAUUAUGUGAGUACUGAAAGUCUGGAUGGUGAUAAUAAAUAUGAUGCGGGAGAAAAUGGAUUACAAGAGGCAGAAAAGGGUGUUGUUUUUUCAUCCUUCCCACCAGUGUUGCAUUUACAUUUAAUGCGAUUUCAAUAUGAUCCGGUUACAGAUUGUUCUGUGAAAUUUAAUGAUAGGUUUGAAUUCUAUGAAAAAAUAAGUCUUGGCAAAUAUUUACAAACUAAAGAAGCAACAAGUGCAGAUUACACGUUGCAUGCAGUCUUAGUUCACAGUGGCGAUAAUCAUGGUGGACAUUAUGUUGUAUUUAUCAAUCCAGCUGGUGAUGGAAAAUGGUGCAAAUUCGAUGAUGAUGUCGUCUCAAGGUGUACAAAACAAGAAGCUAUUGAACACAAUUAUGGUGGUCAAGACGAGGAUAUGUCUAUAGCUGUGAAACAUUGCACGAACGCCUAUAUGUUGGUGUACAUAAGGGACUCUGAGUUGGAAAACGUCUUACAAGAAGUCAAGGAAGAGGAUAUACCUCAAGAGCUGGUGGAGAGGCUGCAAGAGGAGAAGAGGCUGGAACAAAUACGAAGAAAGGAAAGAACAGAAGCAUACUUGUAUAUAACCGUCAACGUCCUUCUUGAGGAUAAUUUUGACGGUCACCAAGGGAAUGACUUGUAUGAUCCAGAGCAUGCUUUGUAUCGUGUAUUUCGCGUACGUAAGCAGUGUACCUUGCACGAGUUUCUCGAAUUGCUGAGUGAUAGCUUGAAAUAUCCAAUAGAACAAAUUCGUUUAUGGCCGUUGAAUGUACGUUCAAACCAGACUUGUAGACCAAUGCCAAUUGAAUUAGAAAAUGAUCUUCAAAAAUCAAUUUACCAAUGCGCGGAGAACCCAAAUGUUUGGAAUGUGUUUGUUGAACUUGUUCCUCCAGAUUCUGACUUGACAGCAUUACCACCUUUCGAUAAAGACACUGAUGUUUUAUUAUUUUUUAAACUGUAUGAUCCCAAGAAUAAGAAGAUUCAUUAUUGUGGACAUCACUAUAUGCCUGUCACAGCUAAAGUCCAGGAACUUAUACCAAUCUUAAAUGAAAGAGCUGGUUUUCCACCUGAUACAGAAUUGGCUCUCUAUGAAGAAAUCAAGCCAAACUUAGUAGAAAAGAUAGACAAUUUAACAGAGCCAUUGGAGAAAGUUCUUGAGGAAUUAAUGGAUGGAGAUAUAAUUGUUUUUCAAAAAGAAGGCGACAAUCAAAUGUAUGAGCUUCCAACAUGUAGAGAAUACUUCAAAGAUCUAUUUCAUAGAGUAGAGGUUACAUUUUGUGAUAAAACAAUUCCUAAUGAUACUGGUUUUACUAUGGAACUUUCAUUAAGAAUGACAUAUGACCAAAUGGCAAGAGCUGUGGCACAGAGACUUGGUACAGAUCCUUAUCUUCUGCAAUUCUUUAAAUGUCAAACUUAUAAAGAUUCACCUGGACAUCCAUUAAAAUGCACAUUUGAAGGUUCAUUGAAGGAUUUAGUUUCUUAUUGUAAACCUAAAGCAAAAAAAUUGUAUUAUCAGCAACUUAGUAUUAGAGUAAAUGAACUUGAAAACAAAAAACAGUUCAAAUGUAUAUGGGUUGGUCCAUCUCUUAAAGAAGAGAAGGAAAUCAUUCUUUAUCCUAAUAAAAAUGGAACAGUAGCAACAUUGCUAGAAGAAGCUAAAAAACAAGUAGAAUUAUCAGAAAACGGAUCUGGAAAAUUAAGGAUAUUAGAAAUUAAUUCUAGUAAACUUUCACCUGGUCCGAGAGAAGAUGUACCUUUAGAUAACUUAAAUACAUCUGGCACAAAAUUAUACAGGAUAGAAGAAAUCCCAAAUGAUGAGUUAAAUUUAGCAGAAGAUGAAAUGUUGGUUCCUGUUGCACAUUUCCACAAAGAUAUUUUUUCAACAUUUGGUAUUCCCUUUUUCUUUAAAAUUAAACAUGGUGAGCCUUUCCCAAAGAUGAAGGAAAGACUAUUAAAGAAAUUAGGGGUACAAGAAAAAGAAUUUGAAAAGUUUAAGUUCGCGGUGGUGACGAUGGGUAAACCACACUUCAUUAUGGACUCGCCAGAAUACUGCAUGGAUCUUGCGGAUUUCCGCAUUCACCCAAAUCAAAUUUAUCCACUUUUAAACGCAGGCACAUCGCCACUUAGGCCUUGGCUUGGCCUAGAACACGUCAACAAAGCGCCAAAGCGCUCUCGUAUCAACUACCUCGAAAAGGCCAUUAAAAUUUACAAUUAAAUUUUCAUCACACGAAGAAGAAUAAAAUUAGGCAGCCACUCAUAUAAUUUAUACGACUCUAUAGUAAAAAAAAAGCGAUAUACGAUGGUUGGAAAUGCGUUUAUGUAUUCGGUUCUUCAACCAGAUAGUGCGCGGUUUUAAUAUUAUGAUCAUGUUAACGAAAGAUAAAUCUACGCUUUGUAUACGAAGGAUUAAGAGACUGUAACGAACAUGCAAUGAUAUUUUAUGCAUUAUGGAAGUUUUCUCUUUCGAAUCGACAGGGAUUUUACGUAAUGGCUGGAUCGAUGGUAUGUAUUAGUGAUUCUUUUCACUAUAUUGCAACAACUUCUUAAUUAAAUACUCCUUGAUUAAAUACUUCUAUCUAUGAAAUUUGUAAAUAUUUUGUCGCUCGAUGACUGUUAUUUAACAAAUAUUUUUGAAAGCAAUAUUUUCAUUGCUUUUGAGUCUGUCAAGAGCAAUUUAUUUAAAUGCAUAUUUUAUUACCAAGUAAAGAAAUAAGGAUUGCAAUUGCAAAACCGAGAAAGUUCUCGUAAAGUUCAGUAAAUAAGAAGUUAUUUACUUUUAGCAAAUUAUAAUUUUUCUUAAAAUCUUGAUUGUUUGAUCUUGCCAUGUAAAAUCUUUGUAAUUGAAUAUAACAAGGCCCAAAGAAACACUAUGUACUGUUCUAUGUGAUGUGUAAUACUUAACGCCCAUUAUCAGAAAAGAAUUGUCUACAUAUUCCUGUUUUUGUAUUAUAUUCAGGAUGUUUGAAACGCAGACUUACAAUCACCCUUUGUAAUCUUAGUUUCUCCAUAUUCCUUUGCAAAAUAAUAAGACAUUAAUAUUCUAUUUAUAGAUUCACUUCUUAUGACAUGCAUCUUUAUACUCGAAAAUGUAGUUACUAUACUUUAAUUGAAGAAAAAUGUAAUUAAAUAGCAUGGAUACUUUAUAUUAUUGUUAUUUUGCAUAACAAAAAUGAUUAUAAAAUAUUUGCAAGAUAAUUUUUAAGUAAAAUUUCUAAUUCGCCUUCCAAACACCCUGGAACUUUUUAUGUUUGAAUAUAUUCUUUUUUGUGUGUGUUUUAUGCGUCUUUUUCUAUAUAUUUUACUGAGAUUCUAUGAAAUUUUGCAAAUAUGUAACAGUAGUUUAACAUAUUAAUGAAGCAGUUUAAAUUAUAA